CACGGCCGGACAUAUGUAAACGUAAUAGCGCGCAUUGUUUCUUUUUGGUAAUUUUUAGCAAUCUGAGACAAUUUCCCCACGAUUUUAUCUGGUACAGAAAUGUUAAAAUUCAUUAUGUAAACGUUGCAAAUAUAACCUGUUAACAGUUAACUUAAUCUUGGACUGAAAGCUGUUUUCGCAAAAACGGCCACGGUGUAAUGUAAUUCAGCAAUAGCCUAUGCGAAGAUACGGGCGCUGAUUUCUUUAAUUUCUCCUUAACCGAAGAAAUGAGUACGUUGUCGGUAUCUGGAUUUAUCGUUUUUCUGACACUCAUGUCGGCGCUGCACGCAGGAUAUGCAGACCCCUUUUCAGUGUAUACACUGCGCAACUUAACCCGACCACAUCCCUAUAUCGGGAACGGUCACCUCGCCACCGGCAUUUUCCAUCCCUUCGUUUACAUCCAGGGUCUAUACACAACGGGAAAUGACAAUGACACUCGCCGCGUCGCCGUUCCCUCCUCAAUCAACAUCCGCUUUGAUCGCAGUGACGCCGCGGACCGCAUAUACCGUCUACAUAUGGAUAAAGGAUACUUUGAAGUGGUCAUCCGAACGCCGACGCAUGUUCUGACUCAGCGAAUGUACUGUCAUCUGUGGUUACCGGAGAUUCUGAUCAUGGAGGUAGAAGUGAUGCGGCACGCUAACAGCACCAACGCCCGGCUGGAGGUGCCCUACACGCUGGAGAAUGUCCUUGAGUCACCGGAUGUAAAGUUUGACGAUGUGACCAGCAUGCAGGAGCUAAAUCAGCACAUACAGGUUCAGUGUCAAACCGGCCGGCGAGGCAUUGUCAACAUCUGCGUGGUCGGUGAUAUCCUGGACAGCUCCUUCAUUCCCGAUCGUGGUACGACGAUGUCCCGCAAUAUCUACAUUACCAGCUUCGACACGGAUAAGGAAGCCGCAUUAGAAAAAUAUGUACAAGCAAGGAAGGAGGCCAGUACCGGCAUCCUGUGGAGUCGGCACGUGGACGCCUGGAACUGGCGGUGGAACCGCGGACAGAUCACCUUCCAACCGCAAAUGGCCGCUAAUCAGACGCCCAACGCGUCCGCUGUCCAUUUGGCGCAAGCGGUGCACGCCUCCAUGUACUAUCUCCUAAGCUCCAUUCCCGAGCAUCCCCAGUACGCCGAGAAUUUCCCUGGAUUGAGCAAAGACGGCUUAUCUAGUAACGACGACCUGGGGCGUAUCCGCUGGGAACAGGAGCUAUACAUGUUCUUGCCGCUGCUGCUCUUCCAUCAGGACACUGCCGAGCAAAUUCUCAACAGCCGCCUUAACAAUCUGGCUGCUGCCCUGGCCAACGCCCGGCCCCUGUACCGGGGCGCCCGUUACCCGUAUGAGACUGCCUCCUCCGGACGGGAACUGGCUGCUAACUUUUCGCGAACUCUGUUUACCAGCGGCGCUGUGGCGCUAAACAUGCAGCAGUAUUUAUACACAAUGGGAUCCGCAGCAAAUAUCGGCGGGGAGAAUGCUGUUAGUGCCGCGCGGGCCAUUGCAGACUUAUACGCCGGUGCGACGCAGGCCAGUGGAGCUGUUGCAGGUAUCCAGAACAUUAAAGGCACGGUGACCUUUAACGAUGCGCUGACCAAUGCACUGGCCAUCGUUGGUCUAACCCUGCCCCAGAAACUGGGACCCGGUGUUAACGGAACCUACCAGAACGUUGCCGAACGCAUUGCGGCGGAUAAUUUCCCCAUGUUUCGCAACUGUCAUGCAGCCAAUGGGAAUGCUAGCAAUCCCGGAGCCCUAGCACCGACAGAUUACUCCUACGAGCCGGAUGCGUUGCUGGUGUACUGGCCGGUGGGGAAUCAGCGCUUUUUCAAUUCAGGACUGCUCCUCAACGAUCUCACCUGCCACAAGGAAGCGACUAUUAGUCGAACAACUUAUAAUCUGCUGCGAUUGACACUCUACCAAAUCGCGGCAAAGUCGGCUAAUACCAGCGGACAGAUCAAUCCUGAUGUGUACGCGGCGGAGGAAAUUAAAUUCCAACAACUUCUUAAUUGGACCAGUCGGCAUUUUGGGAUCAUCCCGGAAUCGAUUGAUUCCCGCUUAAUCAGCGACCCGACAUCCCCCGGGGCCAAUCUCAGUCUCCCGGGCGCCGGUGCUCUCCUCCAACUGGUUCUUUUUGGUUACGCCGGUAUCUCCUUGCACCCCGACCGGUUGACCUUAAACCCCCGACACCCCCCGGGCGUGGAGUCCUGGACACUGCGCGGUGUCGACUACCGGGGCUUCACACUGACCGUCAGCUUUCUGCCAACGUCCAUCCAUAUCCGGGCCCAAAAGAACCGGAAGGAGCCGGUGCGGCUGCAGGUGCGCGUGGAUGGAUGGCUGCGCGAGGUACCGGAAGAGGGCGUGACGAUACGGUGGGGCGAAGUGCAGGUGACGACGAUUAUGGAGAAGGAGGCUGAGGAGCACUGGGACCGGGAUCCCUUUCUCAUGCAAACCAAUAGCUUGCCGACAUCGCGUUUUCUGCCGGAAAUCGGCAACGGACAUAUUGCCAGCGUUGUUCACGCUCCAUGGCUGCACAUGAAUGGCCUCUAUAAUGGUGCCGGGUCGCGCAGCAGCCGAGCGCGGAUUCCCUCGCUGAUUGCUUUCAACAUCAGCCUGCAGGACGCCACGCUCGCUAACCAGUCAUUUACUCUCAACCUACGCGAAGGCAUCUACACGGAGCGGAAGCAAUACGUCAAUCCGGAUGUGCUCAUUGAGCGGGAAAUGUUCGCCCAUCGCCUUUAUCCCAGUUUGCUCAUCGCGCGCAUUAAGUGCAACCGGACAGCACCGGCUUCCGGUGCUGUGCAGCCGCCGGCAUCCAGCGAUCUGCCGGUUCUGUUGCUGGACGGACUGCUCGAUGAGAGCCAACUGGAGAGCGACGAUAUCGUGUUCAAAGCCACGAUCCGGCCAAAAGGGCAGCGCAUCAAAGUCGCGCGGGGCGAAACUUUAAUUCCGGAAACUACGAAUUCCACCUUUUCGCCGGUUAUUAUGGCCUGGAACUCCAGUGUGGAACUGCGCGACUACGUGACUAUUCCCGCUAACGGCCUGGAAAUCAUCCAGUACGUCUCCAUCAGUUCAGAUGAAGACGCCGCCGUCAGCAAUUUGUCGCAAGUCCUCAAAUACAACUACAACACCGUUCGUGGCAUGCACAUUGAAAAGUGGGGCGAGUAUUGGGAGAACGGGAGGAUUACGGUGGAAGCGCAGGAGAAUUUCCCUUUGGCACAGGCAGUUAAUGCGGCCUUUUACUAUCUGCUCAGCUCGCUGCCAAAUUAUGAGGAAGGCAACGGAAGUUUUGUCGGACUGAGUCCAGGUGGAUUGGCACGUGGUGCGCCCGGAGCCGAGAUCGAUCAGGAUUACUUGGGGCAUAUUUUCUGGGACACAGAAAUAUGGAUGUUUCCGCCAAUAUUGCUCUUCCAUCCAGAACAGGCCCACUUGCUCUUGCACGCUCGCACACGAGUGUUAGAGGCCGCCAGAGCAAACGCGGCCAGCACUGGAUAUCAGGGUGCACGAUUCCCCUGGGAAUCUGCCUUAACCGGCAGCGAAGUAACGCCCUGGCCGCCCGCUGCGCAGUACCAACUGCACGUAACCGCCGACGUGGCCUUGGCUGUGCGACAGUAUUUGUAUGCCAUCGCCGACAAAGCUAAGGCCAUCCACGAGUUGCGACUUGACGUGCUCGUGGAGGACAUCGCCGCGUUCUGGCAGAGUCGGGUGACCUGUGAUAGCCGUGUGAUAAACAAUGACGAUGUUGACCACAUCUGCCACAUUAACGAGGUCAUGGGGCCGGAUGAGUAUCAUUACCCCGUUAACGAUUCCGCCUUCACAAAUUACGCCGCCAAACUGGCCUUGACGCUUCCAGAGUACGUUUUACCGAUAAUCGGGAAAAAGCAUCCGGAUAUUGAUAAAUGGUUUGCCACAGCCGAAGACAUCACGAUGACGGAAUCCCGUUACAAAGGUCAACCGUACCAUCCACAAUUCAAGGGCUUUGUUCCAAAUGAGUGGCAUCCUGCGAGCAGUAAGAAGAAGCCGGUCGUUAAACAAGCUGAUACUAUUUUACUGGGAUAUCCGCUGGACAUGGACAUGCCAGUAGAGAUGCGCGCCAAUGACCUGAACAUUUACGAAGAGCUGACCAGCCCAAACGGCCCGGCCAUGACCUGGGCUAUGUUCGCCAUCGGACAUCUGGAGCUGAAGAACAAAAUGAAGGCGGACAAUUUAUUCAAUCGAUAUAAGGACAAUUACCAACAACCUUUUGGCGUGUGGUCAGAAGAACCCGGUGGCAGCGGCGCCGUCAACUUCCUAACGGGAAUGGGUGGUUUCCUGCAGUCUGUUCUCAACGGUUACGGCGGCCUUCGUCUGCGUGAAGACAGUCUACAUUUCGACCCGGCCGACCUGCCCGGCAGCAGCCGCUGGAGCAUCCACGGUCUUAAAUACCUCGGCCACACUCUGGACUUGACCUUUGACUUCCUAGCUGACACCAUUAACGUCUCCGUCAGUCGGACGGUGGACAUCGAUCUGGUGCUGGAGACGGAGAGCGGGAAGAUCUUUUUGCUAAAAGAUGACACGCGCCUGAGCUACCGGCGCGAAGCCAGUACAAUCCGCAUGUACCAUCCAGAGUUCGAUGUCAUCCGCGAUCCGGUGAGUGGGGAGAUCACCGGGCCCAGUAGUCUCAGUCCAGCGCAACUGUUGCCGUCGUUGUCCGUUUUGUUGGCCUUAAUUUUUAUGAUUGUCUAUUCCUUCCCAGAAUUUUUUUGAGUACCGCCAGCUGAAUGUCUCCGUACUUGACUGUCAAGCGUAUCGACAGAGCAAUAUUGCAGUGUGAUCUGACAGAACUGUUUUCACCGUAGUUUUUUGCUAGGCACUGGUUUAUAGAGUUAUCUUCUGUUUCAAGUCUUUUGUGUCUUUUUCUCGGAUGUUUUUGUCUCGGACGUUCUACAAUGGGCGUCAGAACGCACAGACAAACGAAGGGAAAUCCCUUAAUAUUUCCACAUAUUUAAUAUUAUUAUAACGAUAAAAUUUAGUUUAACUUGUUAAUUACAGUACUCACAAAAAGC